AUGCGAGAGGAUGACCAUGUGACUGCGAAGACCUGGGCUGUCGUUCUUGCGGCAUCGUACGGCAUCUCGUUCUUCCCUGUUCCAUUCUUCAGCACAAUCCAAAAUGAUAUAGCUGCUGAGCUCGGGUCAACAGUAGCUCAGGGUACGUGGUUCACCUCCGUGUACAGCUUGGGCGGUACCAUUGCCUUCAUGCUUUGCGGAGCGAAUAGCGACUUAUUCGGACGUCGAGCAUUUAUCUUGCUUGGCAAUGUCCUUAUGCUGAUCGGCUCCAUUCUUGGAGGGACCUCGCACUCACUUGGUCAAAGCAUUGCGGCUCAUGUAUUCCUGGGCUUUGGCGGAGGUAAUUGUCAAAUAGCAGCUUUUGCGCUGCCAGAAUUACUGCCAAACAAGUGGAGACACAUUGGUGUCGUUAUUGCAGACGCAGGAAUCUACUUCGACGUUAUUGUAGGGCCUGUUGUAUCACGAAUUGCGUAUAAGCACGGUGCGUGGAGAUGGGGAUAUUGGGGCAUAACUAUCGCCCAAGGCAUAUCGCUCUUGAUCCUCGUCUUUUUCUACUUUCCACCCAAACAUCCAAGAGGAAUACCGUGGGGACAAGCGCUUCGAGAUCUCGACUAUGUUGGCAUGGUCAGCUUUACCGCUGCCGCGGCUAUGGUACUUUGCGGGAUUGUCUACGUGCAGCUUAUUCCCUCAAAUUCGCCAACAGUCAUCGCCCUACUUGUGGUGGGCUUUGCCGCUCUCAUCUUCUUCGGGGCAUGGGAAACCUUUGCAAAACCAAAAGAAGCACUGGCACCGACACGGUUAUUUACCGCAAACAAGGGUCGCAGACUUUCUGCUCCUUUCAUUUGCGGCUUCGUUGUCACCAUGUUCUACUACUCCAAUAACAUCACAUGGCCUACCAUGCUCGGAGUUUACUUCACAAGCGCAACCACUCCACCUCACAUCGUCUACUGGCUUGCCACCGUACAAGGCUUCGGCGUCUUCACUGGCGCUAUGCUUUUGUCAUUACUUGGGGGAACAAUAAAAUUUUGGAAAUGGCAGAUGACGGUAUCGAUCACAAUCAUGACUUUCUUCGGCGCUAUGUUGGCCUACGUUACGCCUGAAAAAGAGAGCACAGGCAUUGCCUUUGCCUUCCUCUCAUCUAUGGGCUACGGAUACGCUCAAUACUUGUCCAUUGCGUACAUUCAACUUGGCGCAGACCAGACCGAACUUGGGAUUGCCGGAGGACUUGCCGGUGUCGCUAGGUAUGCAGGUGGUGCUGUUGCUGUCACUUUGUUCGAAACCAUCUUGGAUACGGUACAAAGCAGCUGGACACGCACGCACGUUAUCGCUGCUGCAGAAGCUGCAGGUGCUUCUCUUGGAACAGCCAAGGCUGUGCUCACUGCGCUUCCUCUUGGGACAGCCGCUCUGGAGAAGGUACCAGGCUUGACAACCGCUAUUGCGGAAGCCGCCGGUGCAGCGUUCGUAGGAAGCUACGUUGAAGGCGUGAAGAAAGUCGCUUUUGCGUCAUUGGGAUUUGGUGGCCUCGCUAUCAUUGCAUCCUUCUUCCUUGAAGAUGUCGGGCCAAAGAUGAACAAUCAAAUUGAAGUCUUCCUUGAGAACGAUGUUAAUGCGGAGAAAAACACAUACCAUUAA